UGUCAUCAAAAAUGAUCGAGUUGAAAAUAAAAAAUUUGGUUUUCUCAAUAUUUUUCAUGUUAGUCACCAGCGAUGAAAAUAAUUGUAGAAUCACAGAAUUUCCACAUGUUUCGACAAUUGUUGAAAAAUGUACUGACAUAAUUAUUUCCAAUUUGACAGUUCCCGCAGGUGAAACACUUAGAUUAGAUUUACAAAAAGGUUCAAAAUUAACUUUCGAAGGUAUCACAGUUUUCGAAGUUGCCUAUUGGCAAGGUUAUUUACUACAUAUUACUGGAGACCAAGUGUUGGUACAAGGCGCACCAGGAAGUAUUUUAAACGCCCAAGGAGAAAAAUAUUGGGACGGUCAAGGUGGAGACGGUGGAGUCACCAAACCAAGAUUCCUACACGUAGUAGCUACUGGAGGAUCAAUUUUCAAAAAUCUAUAUUUAUUGAACUGUCCAAGAUUUUGUGUAGGAGUAGGAGGUUCAGAUUUCACCAUCACCGGAUGGACCAUUGACGUCGUAGCUGGAAAUACGAGAGGAGGCCUCAAUACCGAUGGAUUUGGUAUUGGAGGUCACAAUAUCCUCAUAGAAAACUCGGUGGUUAUGAACCAAGACGAUUGUGUUGUGGUCCAUUCAGGUUCUGGGUUGUUUUUCAAAAAUUUACAAUGUUACGGUAGCCACGGGUUGAGUUUCUCAGUUGGGAGUAGUACCAACGACAAUACCAAGAAUAGUGUCAUUAGCAACAUCACUUUUUCCGAUUGUUUAGUAGCUAACGGAUUAUAUGGGAUCCAUAUUAAAACAAAAAAAGGCGUAGGAACCAUUGAAGAUGUUACUUAUCAAAAUAUCGCAUUGAUAGGAAUUCAAGAAGACGGAAUAUACAUCAACCAAGAUUAUGGUGAUAUUGGAAAUGUUUCUCGUCAAUUUGAAAUUACUGAAUUGAAUAUGAUAAACAUAUAUGGAUCUUUACAAGGCCAAUUUACUAGACCUGUUCACAUUGUUUGUAAUGAAAAUAAAUGUUCAAAUUGGAAUUGGACAAACAUCAAUCUAAUAGGAAGCGGAAAAAGUUUUUGCAGCUUUAUACCAAGUGGAUUUUCAUGUUAAAACUUGCAUUAUCUUCAAUGAAAUAUUGCUAAUAAAGAGUUUUUGAAUAUA